AUGUCGACAUUCGAUCUAAACUCGAUUAAUUCAGCGCUUUCUGACUCGGGCAGGCCCAUUAGUGGAGUGGAUUUUUCUGGAAAAUCUUUAAAAUUGAACUCUGCAGAUGAUGCGCAACCAAUCGUGGAUGCCAUCAAUGGCUGCGCAGACCUCCAAUACCUUACACUUACGGGGAACACGCUCGGAGUGUCAGCAGCCGAGGCUAUUGCCAAGGCCCUGGAGCAUCACCCCGAGCUGAAGAUCGCUCGGUUCUCCGAUAUGUUUACUGGACGGAUGAAGACUGAGAUUCCUCCGGCGUUGGCUGCGCUAGGAGAUGGUAUGAUAAAAGCCGGAGCCAGGCUGAGUGUCCUCGACCUGAGUGACAAUGCAUUUGGACCCAUUGGAGUCGAGGGGCUUGCCAAACUGCUGCAGAGUGAUGUUUGCAGCGAAUUAGAGGAGCUACGUCUAAACAACAACGGAUUAGGAAUAACAGGCGGUCGGUUACUGGCUAAGGCGUUAGCAGCCAGACCACGCAAGCUGAAGAUAUUCAUAGCUGGACGUAAUAGACUGGAGAACGAUGGAGCCACUGCGCUGGCUAAUGUUUUUAAGAAUAUGGGCACCCUUGAAGAGUUAGCGAUGCCUCAGAACGGUAUCUACCACGUCGGUAUAUCUGCGCUGUCGGCAGCCUGUCGACAGAACCGUCGACUGGCGCGACUCAACCUCAACGACAACACCGUCGGCGCUAAGGGAGCUCAGGCCAUCGCUGAGGCACUGCCCAACCUGAAAAACCUGAAAAGUAUAAACUUCGGCGACUGUUUACUGAAGAGUAAAGGCGCCAGCGCGCUCGCAAAGGCAUUUAAAGAAAAUUCAAUUUUAUUAGAGUCUCUAGACCUGAGCCACAACGAGAUAGGCAGACAGCGUGUAUGGAGGUAGUGGACGCUAUCACCGCGCUACCUGACAGCUCAGAGAGGCUCAGCAGAGUCGUACUAGCUGGUAACAGUCUCGGCGACGCUGGCAACAAGAAGACGAUGCGGGACAAACUGGGAGCGUCCGCGGAACUCAGCGACGGAGAGGGCAGCGACGACGAAUAUGUUACGGACUCGGAAGAAGAAGGCUCCAACUCGGAAGAUGACGAUGAUGAUGACCAGGCAGGGCACGGGUCCGAGGACAGUGCCACGGAGGAUGCACAGCACCUCGAUACUUCUGCUGACUUCGCGAAAAAUCUCACCUUGAAUACUUCAGGAGUGGAAGAAGUCCCGAGCGACGUGGGCAGGUUCCUGUCGCAGCCCACCGUAGACAACUUGGCCCGCCUGGGACCCGACGCACACGAUGUCAUCGACGCCCACCUACAGUCAAUAAAAGACCCGGCGUCACUGAUCCAAGCGUACGUAGAAGCGACGUUCAGUGUCGCCGGCCUGUCGGAGCAGAGUCCUCUAGCGAACGACGUGGCGAACAAAUUGUUCCCCAUACUUGUCCAGAGGGCCGGGGAACAACAUGCCGCCGCCUGGAUACUGGCCAAUACUGUGCUCAGCGCGCUCGGCUUGAUUAAGUCCGAGGACAAAACACGUCGCAUCCGAUGGGCCCUGGGUCCAUGUUACAACUCCCUAUCCCGAGUCAUCGACGCCCCGUACUUCCCCCACGCCUUAAGAGAUACCAUCAGAUUCUUCGCCAGCAGUAAGAAAAACACGAUACCAUUCGCCGAGUGUCUAUGUCGGUAA